AUGGAGCUUGAUUUCUUUUCCUACUUUCGUAAAGGAUCUGCCAACGCAGUGUUCCGAUAUGAGGGGAAGGAUCCGCAGCUUGCUGGUACUGUUCUCAGGCUUCGACUGGCUGGCCAGGACUACACAACACAGGAAAUAUAUGAAUACAUGCAUCAGUUUUCUUCCCUCAAAAGAUGGAUAAUACCUACGAAACUUGUUGAGCUAGAGCCAGGGGCUAUUCAUAAACUCGAAAAAGACGGCUUGAAACUCAAACCAGACACCCAUGGCCUACUCAUGGACAACGUUUUCGAGGAGUCUGAUUGUCGUGAAAUUGCUCUUAACAAGCACAUCAUUCUAAGCUUGGGAGCUCGCCGAUUGCUGGAACUGAAGCCCAAAUGGCUAGAUCCGGGUUCAAAUCGGACCUGUCGCAAUUGUGCACACCUGUUAUCCAAAGGCGAGAAAUUCAUCGUCUGUCCUCUACAACUGCUAACGACUGACGGCAUACAUAAGUGGUGUGAAGCGGUUGAACAUGAGGCUUUAAAUCGAGGGUGUCCGUACCUGCCAAUUGAAGAUGCAGUGCAAGCAAACAUCCUCUUGUUCCAGACCCUUGCCUCAAUACAGGCUCGUUAUCCAAAUGUCCAUCAGAAACUAAUGUCUCUGGAAAGCGAGGUGGAUGUUGACGAACAAUUGUGCGAGACCAUGACGAUGCGCGACGUCACCGUUUUCAUAGACUUGGACUCCUCGAAAGCACUGCUUUGUGACUUAGACAGAAAGAGUCCCCGUAAAUGGCAGAAAUGGAGAGACCGCGAAAUAGCUUUGAAUAAGCUUAUGCAAUGA